AUGUGGUCUCUAAUCCCCUUCCUCACAGACCAUUGGAAGUGUGCCACAAGACCUAUAGGCUCAGAUCUUGGAGAAGGAAAGUUCCAGUUUCAGUUCAGCUCAAAGGAGGACAUGCAGAUGGUACUGGACAACAGACCAUAUCACUUUGCACACUGGAUGAUAAUUCUCGAACAAUGGGAAGCCACAACGUCUCCCUCCUUCCCUUCAAAAAUACCCUUCUGGAUCCAAGUUCUAGGGGUCCCAGUUCACCUCUGGAAUGAAGCUAUCCUGAAACUUAUUGGAGAGGACAUAGGCUGGUUCAUCUGUGGAGAAAUCACAGCGACAAAAGCCCGGCUAAGAGCUCAUAUAAACGGUCUCCUUCCCCUUAUGAAAGCCUACACCCUAGAGUUCUCAGAUAGAAAUGAGGUCGUAGCUACCCUCCUCUACGAAAAACUGGAGAAACACUGCACAUUAUGUCAGAUGCUCGAUCACGAGGAAAGUACUUGCCCACAAAAACCAUCUCAAACUCCCCUCCAUGCAGCUCCUAGGCAUUCUCUCCCUCCUCCUCCCACUAGAGGUUCAACACCCACAUCAAGCUCCAUUAGUGGAAGGAGAGACGUGAGAGCACACUUCUCAAAAUACCCAAAACCCCUGAUCACCCCAGGAAAGCACCUGACUCUAGAGACCGUCCCUACCACUGCAGUAGCGACAGGAGAGCAUUUGAAAGGAACUCUUCAACUUUCUCGGGCAACCACUCCAAAUACCCUAGAGAAGCAUCCCACCACUAUGCUAUCAGCAGAUCCUCCACCCCUCAAUGGAUAG